CUGGAUUCGAUACAUACUUAAAAACAAAUGCUCGGCCACAAAAAUGUUCGAACCGAAAUUUCGUGCGGAUGGAGAGCCGUAGAGCCAUAGAGCUGUAGAGCCGGAGAGAUGAAACUAAGGGCAACAAUAACAUUAAACGAUGUCCGGAUCGCUUUGAUUUUUCAUCAGAUCGGUUCAGUUAGCAUUUUCGAUUGCUCGACGCUCCGGGCCGAAUGUAACGCUCUGAUUGUGCCGCGCGUUCUUCCAUCCAGUUAGCUGGCAUCUGCCUUUCCUUAACCAGUGUUCUCAAUUAGCCAAUUUAUGAGCCCAAUGGCAACUGGCCAUCGCCCACAAUCCCACACAGUGCGCAGCGCCGCAGCAGCUGCGACGCUGGCCAUGCAGAUACCAAAUGUGGCAGAUUCGCUGGAGCGUGGCAAAAGCAGGACGAGCAUCACGUCCAUGUCGGACGAUGAUAUCAUACAACAGAAUCUCAAGGAAAUCCUCGACAUCAAAUCGCGAGAGGAACGAAAAGCCAAUGGACGACUUGUGGCCGUGAUUGUUGCCUUUCUAGUGAUCUUCAUGGCUGUGUAUCAUGCCUGGAUACGGAAGACUGCUGCACUGGCUGGGAUGCUGGUGCCCGCUGGCAUUAUGCUGUCCUACGGCGCCUGGGUGGUGGUUCUGGCCAAGCGCGAUAAGCACAGGCGCGCCAUGUUUGAGCGGCACAUUGAGGAGGUGGCUCUGAAAAACAAGUGCGAGCUGGAGCAGAAGCAUUCCCGAACGAAGCAGGCCAAGUCAGGCAAUCACAGCGAUAGCGGCAGCAGCACUCCCUCUUGCAGUUUGCAGUAUUCCAACGAACUAACAGCGGGCAGCAAGCAUCGCAACAGACAACGGCGUCACAGACAGAGGCAGCGCGAAUGCGAAGUGAACCUGACGGAAUUGGGGCUGUCAGCCGACGUUAAGGUGCACCGAAUAGAGGCCAAAAGGCCAAGCCUUAGACACAAGCUCUUCGGGCAAACAAUCGCUCAUGUGAAGCUAUUGGAGGUGCAGUGCGAUAAAGCUGACAUGACGAAGCCAGCGGACUCGAAAUCGUCCACUGCCCCUAGGUCAGGUGGGAAAAAGGACAAUAAGCCAACAUCUUGACACAGUGGCAAGUGCCACAAGCGAAACGCAUAGGCUCAACACCGUAGGGGUUGACGCUGAAAUGGACUAGCAGAAAGCGUUAUUCCGGAUUUACUAAUUUUAAGAUUUACCAACGGCGCGAUGUCAACA